UUUCCUCCCGUCAACAUGCCUGUCUUAGAGGCUCCCGAAGACAGGAUGAAAAAAUUUAAGUACCGCAGCAAAGAUGUAUCUGCGAGGCGACAACAGAGGAUUGCUGCCAACUUGCAACUCCGAAAGGCCAAGAAAGACGAGCAGGCCUUAAAGAGAAGAAAUAUCAGCCAGUUCUCCAAUGACUUGGUUUCUCAAGAACCAGUCAAAAUGGCCAGCCUCAUUCUGGAAGAUAUAAUCAAAGGUGUGAAAAGCUCAAAUCCAAUCUUGUGUCUCAAGGCCACUCAGGCUGUCAGGAAAAUGCUAUCUCAGGAAAGGAACCCUCCUGUGAAAUCGAUUAUCGAGGCAGGGCUCAUUCCCAAGCUGGUAGAGUUCCUGAAGGUGGCACUUCUCCCUGACUUGCAGUUUGAGGCAGCGUGGGCUCUCACCAACAUUGCCUCAGGAACUUCAGAGCAGACCCAAGCUGUUGUGAAUGGGGGUGCCAUCCAGCCCCUGAUCGAACUCUUGUCUUCUCCACAUGUGACUGUGUGUGAGCAGGCAGUGUGGGCCCUUGGUAAUAUAGCCGGUGACGGCCCAGCAUUCAGAGAUGAUAUCAUUGCCAACAAUGCCAUUCCAAGACUACUUGGUCUUAUUUCGACAAACAUACCAAUCACAUUUCUUCGGAACAUCACAUGGACUUUGUCUAACCUGUGCCGAAACAAGAACCCAUACCCUUGUGAGCAGGCUGUGCUGCAGAUGCUGCCUGCCCUCUCUGAGCUCCUGCAGCAUCAUGACAAUGACAUCCUCUCAGACACCUGCUGGGCCCUGUCCUACCUCACGGAGGGCCACAAUGACCGAAUCCAUCAUGUGGUGGCCAUGGGGGUCCUGCCCAGGCUCGUAGAGCUCAUGACCAGCUCAGAACUCAUUAUCUUGACCCCUUCUCUCCGUACUGUGGGUAACAUUGUCACAGGAACUGACCAGCAGACCCAGAUGGCCAUCGAUGCUGGCAUGUUGAAGGUCCUGGGCCAGCUCCUGAGACACCCAAAGUCCUCUAUCCAGAAGGAAGCUGCCUGGGCCAUGAGCAAUGUGGCAGCUGGGCCCAGACACCACAUCCAGCAGCUGAUUGCAUGUAACCUGCUGCCCCAGUUGGUAGCCCUACUAAGAAACGCAGAAUUCAAGGUCCAGAAGGAAGCUGUAUGGACCGUGGUUAACAUUGCAACAGGGGCCUCUCAGAGCCAGCUGGCCUUGCUUAUUCACUCAGGAGUCUUGGAGCCGCUGCUGAAUCUGCUCACUGCUCCAGACAUAAAGAUCAUCACCGUUAUUCUUGACAUUAUUUCUUUCUUUCUCCAGGAGGCAGAUAAGCUGCAUGAGAAGGAAAAACUGUGUCUUUUGAUGGAAGAAGUUGGUGGUAUUGAAAAAAUUGAGUCCUUACAGCUCCACCAGAAUUGUCAUAUUAGCCAGAGUGCCCUGAACAUUAUUGAGAAAUACUUUGGUGAGGAAGAAGAUGGUGACAGUUUCCACAAUCCAGGGCUGAGAGUGUGAAUACAUGAAGCG